GAGUCUUCGUAGAAGGACCCGCCAACAAGAUCACUCGCUCAUCACGUUCUACAACCACAGAGACAAAAUGGCGGCGGUUUACAAAUCCUUAUCGAAGUCAAGUGCCUCCAAAGCCGAUAGAGACACAGAAGCCAGCAAGGGUGGGAUGGAGAGGAAAAACAAACAGAGGGUGCUCAUUCUCUCGUCAAGAGGCGUCACCUACAGGCACCGGCAUCUUCUCAAUGACUUAGCGGCGAUGCUCCCGCACGGGCGGAAAGACGUGAAGUUUGAUUCAAAGUCCAAGCUGUACCAGCUCAAUGAGCUGGCCGAACUCUACAACUGCAACAAUGUGCUAUUCUUCGAGGCGAGGAAAGGCAAGGACUUGUAUAUGUGGUUCAGCAAGGUGCCCAACGGCCCUACGGUUAAGUUCCACGCCCAGAAUUUACACACAAUGGAGGAACUCCAUUUCACUGGUAAUUGCCUGAAAGGCUCGCGGCCUAUCCUUUCCUUCGACGGUGCCUUCGAGACUGAACCCCACCUUCGCGUCAUAAAGGAGAUCUUCCUCCACGUCUUUGGCGUACCUCAAGGAGCGCGGAAAUCCAAGCCCUUUAUUGAUCACGUCAUGGGCUUCAGCGUAGCAGACGGCAAGAUUUGGGUUCGGAACUACGAGAUCCGGGAGGUCGAGAAGGUCAAGGGCAAUGACGACAAGGACAACGCCGAGGAUGGCGAGAAGAGCAAGGGGCGCAAGAGCAAGGGCGGUGACAAGGACACAGACAUCAGCCUAGUCGAGAUAGGGCCGCGGUUCGUGCUUACGCCGAUUGUGAUUCAGGAGGGCGCAUUUGGGGGCCCUAUCAUCUACGAGAACAAGCGCUUCAUUUCGCCGAACCAGAUCCGGGCUGAACUGCGGAGAGCGAAGGCGGGAAGGCAUGUUGCGCGCAUGGAGCAACAGCGGGAUAAGCUGGCAAGGAGGAGAGACCUUGGGCUAGAGGAUGGCGAGAAGAAGGAUGGCACUGGAUUAGAUACCCGGGAGCUGUUUGCUUAGAUGUGGGAAUCCGGAUUGGUAUGGCGUUCUCUGGUACUGUACGCGGGCGACAGCAUGGGCUGCGAUUGGGAUGCCUGAUAGACCAAUGAAUGGAUUGCAUUGCGGAUUCCUUAUUAACAGCCCACGAAUGUUUCCCACCACACUGUUGAAUUUAGCAUAUUUCCAGCCAUCUGGAGUCGGAGUGCACACGGAGUAGUAUACGCAUUCAGUAAGGC